AUGCAGUUCUUCACUCUCGCUAUCUCGGCCCUCGCUGCCGCCUCCGCCGUUGUCGCUGCUCCUCUCGAGAAGCGUGCUGGUGGUGAUGGUCAGGCUACCUACUUCUACCAGAACGGCAACCCCGGAUCGUGCGGUCAGUACAACUCGGACUCCCGCCCGAUCGUCGCAGUCAACAGCGCGCAGAUGAACGACGGACUCUGCGGCAAGUCGAUCUGGAUCCAGGGUAACGGCAAGACCAUCGAGGCCACCAUCGCCGACACCUGCCCCACCUGCGACUACGGCUCGCUCGACUUGUCGACUGGUGCUUUCGACCAGCUGUCGAACCGCGAUGCCGGCAUGGUCCCCAUUACCUGGUGGACUUAA